CAUGGAUGUGUCGUGGUAAAAAGGGCGAGAAUCGAAGAAAACUGAAACAAGCCGAGGAACCAUCGGUUGGGGAAGAAUACAGGCACGUGUUCACGUUGUGCCAGAGUUUACAGGCGAGCCUGGAACCAGAUCCAUUGCACGUGCAUCUCAGAACUCAAGAACAAGUUCCAAUACAUGUUUCAAGUCGAGAAGGUCAAAAGACGGGUUCAGAAACCUCCAAAGGUCAAGGCCUAGAUGAAUCUCGGUUCCGUGUUUUGGACCAGCCCAGUGACAGCAAUACUCUAGACACAAAUCUACAAGAAUUGCUAAGGUCCGUAAAGCUUCAGAGACUGGCUCAACAACUAGCCAAAGGCAGCCAAUCAACAGGCGGGAGUAAUAAGCUCGACAAAAUGCUCAAUGGUGACGCUCAGGGAUCCGCUGUUGAAGGAGUUAUGGAUCAGACCCGUAACGUACAUGUAAUGGAGAAUGUAAUGGAGAAUGUAAUGGAGAAUGUAAUGGAGAAUGUAAUGGAGAAUGUAAUGGAGGAUGGUGGGGUGACUAAGGCAGAUGGUGUGAAAUGUGAUAUAAAGCCAACUGGUUUGGAUGACAGAGUUGUGGGACCUGGCUUUAACUCAAAUAACCUUAAACAUCGCCAGGAAGGGGAGGCAACGGUCUCAAGUGACUCUAUGUACAGUCACAUAAGUGACAAUAGUGACAUUACGCACAGUCACAAACAUGAUGCUAGGGAUUCUACGCACAGUCACAAAAGUGACAAUAGUGACACUACGCACAGUCACAAAAGUGAGGUUGGUGACUCUACGCACAGUCACAAAAGUGACAAUAGCGACACUACGCACAGUCACAAAAGUGACACUAGUGACAGUACCCACAGUCAGGAUUCUGACUCCGUACUGAGUCAAGAAAGCCGGAGCAGUGAUUCAUUGAGCCCUGAAUGUGGGAGCCUGGUUUCUGCAAGAGACAUUGAAAGCACCAGCGCCUCUAGUACCAAUCAAGCCAGAUCAACAAGCGAUACGCUGGUAAAAAACUGUGUUGCCAAAUUGGCUUACUCAAGCCGAGAUUUAGAUUUUUAUACCAGACUAAACAGCGGGAAAAAAUCCGGCACAGACUUCCGGCAUUCGGGUAAAGAGAAAUCAAGCGUGACGGAGACCAGUUUAAAGCUGAUCACGCCCGGUUACCUCAGCAUUGACCAGCUGACCGAACUGGUUAAGCCACCGUCUGACUUAACCUACAACCCAAACCAAAAUCUACCUCAGUGGUCGGGUAAAGACAGACUGACCAGCUCACCCCAACAGAACAACGGUCGGUCUCGGUAUUUAGUCCUGACUAAAAUAUCCAUCCAAGACGGUGCACGGGAGUCUAACGACACGAGAAAAACGGCCAACAAGACUUCGUCCAUUAAACCGUUGGCCAUCGGUCAAGAUACCAAAGAACACAAACCAACCAGCCGGUCAAAUUCCGCCACUCCUAGGAUUAAUUUAGACAAUUCCUCACAGACAUUUCCAAGUCGUCCAAACUCUUCCAGUUUAAGAAUCGACGCCUCAAAUUGUUUGCCAAAAACAGACCCCAAACCGAAUCUGGAAAUUUCAGAACGGUUUAAAAAUGGACCUUCCUCCAAGUUAAAUCUUGGGUCAAGUUUGAAACUUCCGUCUUCUCAGCUCGCCCAGAGCGGGUCGGUGCCAGACUGUAAUGUGGUGACCAGCUUCCUCCCUCCCUCGGUGGACAACUCCAGGACCCUGGACAGUCUGAAGCUCCGGCCAAACAAGAGUGACCCCAGCGUCAGCUUGUCAAUGCUGGGUCUGCUCAGGUCGGUGGAGAAAAGUUCUAGAAGGUCCAGCAAUAACGAUAUCUACAGCCACCUUCUACCCCGCCCGUCCCAGCCCCAGCCUAAAGUGACGGACACCCCGUCCCUAGAGUCGUCCGUCCCCCUAGCCACGGCUAGCUGUGAGGACCUCUGUUCGAUUAACCUGGGCACUACAGGUGUUGCUACAGGCUCGCACGGUCUUCUGGUACCAGCGCCGUUGAUGGUCAGGCGAAGUGUGAGUAUUAAAACGUUGGUUGUGUGGGUCAGUUGGUGGUCGGUUGAUGGUCAGUUGAUGGUCAGUUGA